CGUGGCGGAUGGGUGUACAGUGGAUAAUGAUGAGCUGGCUGUUUGGAUGCGUUGCGGGAUGGGGAUCGCGAUCGGGGUCGGGGUCGGGAGCGGGAUCGGGAGCGUGCACGGCGCGAAGUCCACUUGUCGGCUUUUCAGCGGAUUUGAGCAUGGGGCUGCAUCAGCUAAGAGGCCGGAUUACGAUCCUUGAUGACUGCACAUUUAAGGUGGAAAAUUUUGAUAUGCUUCCGGGCAAUCAAGUUUUUUGGUGGGCCGCAAAGGGAGAGAGUGUGAUGGAGAUGCUCACAGGGGUGGUGGUUUCUCCAGCUCCACUGAGUAGACUAUACAGCAACGAAACAUUCCAGGUUAGGUUAGAUAACGUAUCGUGGGAGGGGAUCUCCAUUUUGGGAGUGUGGUCGAGGGAGACAGCGACUGAUUACGGUCAUGUUAAGCUGCAGGCGGUUACUGAUCCGACACCUCAAGCCACAGUUUUUCCUAACAUGAGCUCUCAAGAGCAAUCUUCCACUCCCGCUCCUGGUCCUCAGUUUGAACGUUCGCCUCCGAGCUCCGGAGGAGAUGCCAGUCUGACGUGGAAGGAUGACAGGGCGCAUCCAUCGGGAGGGAGUUUUCUACGAGCUGUGCGGAAGGGGGCGGCACAGCCUACCAUGUUUGAGAAUUGCUUGGAGCUGAGUGCCGGGAAAGUGCGUGUCCGGUGGACCGUCAACAAGGACAACAGCACUGUUGACUUUGGGCUGGAGGCGGCAGUGCCUCGAUCUAUGUACAUUGCAUUUGGCUUUGUGGAUCCCGCGGCGGCGGUCGAGGACGACUUAAUGCGGAAAUCUGACGUAGCGGUCGCCGGGUAUGCUGCGGACACACUAUUCGUUUCCGAUUAUUUCAUUACAGACUAUAAGGACUGUCAAUGGCAGAAGAAACCGGUGGUUGGGAUCUGCCCAGAUGCUGCUCUUCAUGGCAGCAACAAUAGGGACAGAAGAAGCGUUGUCGACAAUGUACAGCUAUUGUAUGGACAUCACAAAGACGGGAUUUUGUUUGCUCGGUAUCAGCGGCCGGUUGUCAGUCCUGACAAGGACUUCGAUCAUGACAUUGAUCUGACAUCAGAGCGAUCUUUUGUAUGGGCGAUCGGGCCACUGCGGCCAAAGGAGGGAAAGACACCUGUCACACCUGUGUAUCCAGGCAGAAAGAGCGGUGUAGAUUACGGGUUUGGCAAUAUAACUUUGGGAAAAUUCAACGACAAUUGUGUGGGCCCACUGAAUGCAAGCUUUAUGUACAGCAGUCAUAUAAAGACAGCCCGCCGAGGAGUUCCCUUGGUGGUCACGUCUGGGCCGUCGAAGGACUACCCGAAUCCGCCGGCGUCUGAUCGUAGCUUAUUCAUUGACGGGGUUGAAACCCCUGUUCUGCAGGUGGAGAGGGGCGUAGAAAUCAUGUUUUCUGUAGAGGCUGGACACGAUGUGCCCUUCUACAUUACGCCUGACCCGGUUGGGGGUAAAUGGAACGAAAGUGAGCUUGUUUUGGCUGGCGGUCCAGAGAGCAGCGGAGUCCAUACGAGUCCUUAUGCCAUGACUUGGACGCCCGACGCGCACACACCCAACCCCGUUUACUAUCAGGAAAGAAGAUGGGUUGGCUCAUUGAGAUUUUGGAGCGCGGACUGCCGGAUAUGUAUCAGUCGCGUGCUUGGUUAUCGAACGAGCGGGUUGAACUUUUCUGGACCGUUGAGAAUGACUCUAUUGCUUUGGCAGCGCAGGCAGCACAGCCAUGUGGAUACCUCGCCAUUGGGUUUGGAAGCGGCAGCAGAAGAAGAGAAAGAGAGGAUGAGAAUUGAGAGUGGGGAAGGAAGUAGUGGUGGCACGAUGAAGUGGGAGACAGAUACUGAGAUGGAGAAGAAGAUCAGCGAGUGGGUCGCUAAUUUAUCGUUGGGGGAAGACGAGGAGGCGGAGUCCUAUGUGACUAAGGAUGAGAAGGCUGCGCUGGCCGCUGAGCUAGCAGCCAUGACAGACCCAAUGGAACGAAGAGAGAGGGAAGACGAGCAAAAGUUAGCAUGGAAGUUGAGAAUUAAGAGGGAGAAGAAGAGGAGGAGAGAGGAAGUGAAUAAGAUGACCGCCGCAGUGGCAAAGGUGCAGGAGUGUAGAGCGGAGGUGCUGGCCCAGCCAGAUGAUAAGGCCAAGUGGGACAAAGUACUGGGCUAUCUAGABGUGUUGAGCAAGGCCUGGAUGGAGGAGCGCCAGGCAAGCUGGAGCCAGGAUGUAGCGUUGAGUGCCAUGCGGUCCGAGUUCAGGGAUUUUGCGCGCGAAAUCGUCACCCAUAUUGGGGGUGAAGUCAAGCAAUUGAGAGACAACGUAGGGAAGUUUUGUGAGGGCGCCAUUCAGGGUGCCAAAGCUGCAGCCGCUGUAGAAGGAGAGGCCAGACCCCGUAAGGACCCAGUGAAACUUAAGUUUCCAGACGCGUACGGGGUGAAGAAGGACGAGAACUUUGACAACUGGGAGGCCAGUGUCAAUAGUUACAUUUAUUUACAGCAUAUCCUAAUGGAGGAGCAAGUCCUCGUGGCCUUCCAGGCCUUGAAGGACGAAGCGGCUAGCUUCGCCAGGUCUCUCGUGCGUACAGCCGGUUGUGAAAACAACCUGGUUGCAUAUUCUAAAGUCACCCCUCUUUCCCAAUUCCUCAGGCUCCUCAAGGAGCGUUUCGCUGACCCAACGAGAGGCAUAAGAGCCUCUGACAAGCUUCAAACGAUCCACUCACGGCAGUGGAGGAGUGCCAAGGCACUCAAGGGUACCAUGGACGACUUGGUAGCUGUCCCGGACCAUGGGGUCACUGAGCCCCAGCUGCAGGCCGGCAUCACAUACGAUCAGUUGAGUCACGAAGUCGUCCUGUAUGAGUCGAAGUCUAUCCCAGUUACCACUUUCUGGCAUAAGGACUUAGAGAAGGGGAAGAAGUGGAAGAAUCGUACCAUCUCAGGCCAAGUAAAGGCCAAGGAUCACAUGAUCCUGACAUUAGAAGAAGGUGGUACCGAUGAGGUCCCAUAUGACCAGAUUGAGUGGGGCCUUGAAGAUGAUGGCAGUAGUGUGGGGCAGGGGAGGUCUUAUGCUGCUGUCGCGGCUGGAGGGAGGCCGCAAGGAGGAGGAGGAGGCCAGGGCCAAAGGGGCCAGGCCAUGGGAGGCCGAGGACCGGGCGCACAGGGGGUUGGCGGACAGGGAAACUGCCAAGCGGGAGGUAGGGGUCAAGGUUCCCCGUCAAAUCGCCAGGGUAAUCGGUCCCCACAACGAAGAGGUGGAAGGGCACCUCAAGGAGGUUGGCACCCAGGCUUGCCACAGGGCAGGCCCUGGGAAGACUUGGGCUUGGACUAUGGCAGGAACGCUGGAAUGGUGCAAUCGACGGUGUAUGUUGGCUGGAUCGAAAAUGGCAGCGGCAAUGUCCAAGAGUAUUGGAUUGAUGGCCGAACUCCAUCAAACAUCCACCCCAUUAACGAGGGUCUGGUUGCAAAGAAGGUCAGCGUGGACGACAACUUCUUCACAAUGGAGUUCGAGCGAAAGCUGCGCCUCCCGAAAUCCAGGAACACAAUUGAUACUCAGUUCCCUGUGAAAAUGAUUUGGGCGAUCGGCGAUGGCUGGACAUCAGGAGAACUGACUCAGGAGUGCCAGCACAAGGAGAUGAGCAGCAGCGUCACCCUAGUCGACUUGCAAAUGGGAUUCUCGAAGCCCGAACAACUACAGCCUGUUUUUGCGGUCCAUGGAUUUAUGAUGUUUCUCGCAUGGGGGGUGCUUUUACCCGGGGGCGUUAUGGCAGCCCGCUAUCUUAAAGCUCUUGAGACACAGUCGCAUCCGUUGGACCUGACGACAUUUCAUGCAAAGUGUGGCAUCACUGCAAUCUCCUUGGCUGCAUGGCAGCCCCUCAAUGCAUGGAUGCGUCCUCGCAGGCCAUCAGCUGGAGAGCCUCCACAGACAUUGCGGGUCGUUUGGCAGUUUGUACACAUGUAUUCAGGGCGAACAGCACUUGUAUUGGGAGGCAUUGCACUGCUAUCAGGAUUGAUGGCAUUGGCUGACCGUGAGGAGCUGGACUACGUUGAGGAUCUGAGAUGGGCGCUCAUCGGAUACUUCUGUCUUCUUCUGAUGGUGUUUGUGUAUUACGAAUACAGAUUGCGUCAGAACAGGAAACGGCAGCGAUCCGUCGAGUCACGUCCAUACAGCUGGACACAGAAUACAUCGAAAAGACAAAACGUUGAUGAAGAUGACCGAGUACAACUGCUCCAAGGCCGAUGGGAUACCAUGCUACAUGGGCAGCCUGACGUCCAUGAUGGGUCGAGACCAGGACCCUCGGAAAUUCAGAUUGAAGCUUUGAACAGAUAACUCUCUCUCUCUCUCUUCCCCCCCCUCUCUCCCUCUCCCUCUCCCUCUCUCC